AUGAGUUGUACUAAACUCCAACUAUACACCCACUGCCUUUUGCAAUCUUCCCAAGACUUGGAAGAGAACAUUUGUGAGUUUGCAAGGAAGGGUCUUACUCCAUCUCAGAUCGGUGUGAUUCUUCAUGACUCUCACGAUAUUGCUCAGGUUAAGAGUGUUACUGGAAGCAAGAUCUUGCGUGUUCUCAAGGCCCACGGUCUUGCCCUUGAAAUUCCUAAAGAUCUGUACCAUCUUCUUAAGAAGGCAGUCUCUAUUAGGAAGCAUCUAGAGAGGAACAGGAAGGACAAGGAUUCCAAGUUUCGAUUGAUUUUGGUUGAGAGCAGGAUUCACAGACUUGCAUGUUACUACAAGAAGACCAAGAAGCUUCCCUCCAUUUAGAAGUAGUAAGUACUUUUGUUUCUCCAUGUCUACCAGUCUAUAACUUGUUAAUAGAAAUGAUAUUCUUUGUAUCCAUUCAUUUAUUAGAGAAUUGAACAGUGUCUUUUAUUUUAUUAGAUAAAAUAGAAGCGAAUAGA